GGAAACCAAAUCGGCCUCCAAUCUGGUUGCAGAUAUGAAAGAUGAAGAAGACCGGUACCGUUCAAGGACUCUGAGCACUCUAUUCAACACACACUAUUAAUUCACUAGACUUUAGAUGUGAAUUGAUUUUAAUCUACUCUCUGUAUCUCUCUUACAGGUCUGAAGGGGAGGACUCUCAGGCUAAAAUCAAAUGCUUCAGGUAUCUGGGUUAUUCAUUGACAACAAACUGGCAACCUUAAUUGGUAUUAUGUGAAUUUAAAUAAGGUAGAGUUAUAUGUGUAAGUGGAAUAUCCUAUGUAAUUAUCGUGUAAUAGGCUAGUAAAUACAUGCAGUUAUGGAUGGAAAAUAAAAUAUGGCAGUGUGGGUGAAAUACAGUAUUUCCAAAAACUUGGUGAAUCAACUACAUCCAAGGAUUGCAGUGCCUUCAGAAAGUAUUCUCACCCCUUGACUUUUCCACAUUUUGCUAUUAGAGCCUGAAUUUAAAAUGGAUUACAUUGAUAUUUAUUUGUCACUGGCCUACACACAAUACCCCAUAAUGUCAAAGUGGAACUAUGUUUUUCACAUUUUUUACAAAUUAAUAAAACAUUUAAACUGACAUUUUUGAGUCAGUAAGUAUUCAACCCCUUUGCUUAAAGCUGCAGUAUGUACAUUUUUGGGCGACGCGACCAAAUUCAAAUAGAAAUGUGAGUUACAUAUCUGCCAUUCUCAUUGAAAGCAAGUCUAAGAAGCGGUAGAUUUGUUCUAUGUGCGCUAUUUCUAUGCAUCCCGUUCUUGAGUUUCGUUUUGAGUCUUUUACUUUCGGUUUUGUACACCAGCUUCCUAACAGCUGAAAAUACUAUGUUUUUGGUUAUGGAAAAUAUAUUUCACAGUGGUUUAGAUUGUACAAUGAUUCUCUACACUAUACUUGCUUGUUUUGUCACAAACUCAAAUUAGUCUAACUAUUAGAAUUUUAGCAACCAGGAAAUGGCGGAACCAUUUCUGCGUAGUGCACCUUUGAACAAGUCACAUAAUAAGUUGCAUGGACUCACUCUGUGUGCAAUAAUAGAGUUUAACAUGAUUUUUGAAUGACUAGCUAAUUUCUGUACCCAACACAUAAUUAUCUGUAAGGUCCCUCAGUCGAGCAGUGAAUUUCAAACACAGAUCCAACCACAACCUGAAAAUGGUUGUCUAGCAAUGAUCAACAACCAGUUUGAGAGCUUGAAGAAUUUCGGAAAGAAUAAUGGGAAAAUGUUGCACAAUCCAGGUGUGGAUCAAUCAAUCAAAUGUAUUUAUAAAGCCCUUUUUACAUCAGCAGAUGUCUUAGCGACUUACCCAGAAAGACACACAGCUGUAAUCGCUGCCAAAGGUGCUUCUACAAAGUAUUGACUCUGGUGUGAAUACUUAUGUAAAAUCGAUAUUUCUGUAUUUAACUUUCAAUAAAUGUGCAAACAUUUCUAAAAACAUGUUUUCACUUUAUCAUUAUGGGGUAUUGUGUGUAGAUGGGAGAUAUUAAAAAAAAAUAUUUAAUCAAUUUUGAAUUCAGACUGUAACACAACAAAAUGUGGAUUAAGUCAAGGAGUAUGAAUAAUGUAAGUGGAUAAUGUUAGGUUGAAUUUUGAGAACACUAUCCCAUAGCUCAGUUGGUAGAGCAUGGCGUUUGCAACGCCAGGGUUGUGGGUUCGUUUCCCACGGGGGGCCAGUAUGAAAAAAAUGUAUGCACUCAAUAACUGUAAGUCGCUCUGGAUAAGAGCGUCUGCUAAAUUACAAAAAAAAAUCAUGAGAGACAAUGGGUUCACCACAUCAGGUGUCAUUGCGAGUCUCUCUCUCUCUCCAGGGAACCUCACAGCCAGAUCGAGAAGCGGCGGCGGGACAAGAUGAACAACCUGAUCGACGAGCUGUCGGCCAUGAUCCCCACCUGUAACCCCAUGUCCCGCAAGCUGGACAAACUCACUGUGCUCAGGAUGGCUGUGCAGCACCUCAAAUCCCUCAAAGGUAGCCUGCUGUACAGUUGGUUGGCCUGCUCACCCACUUAAUGCUUUACAAAUAUGAGGUGAACUUAAGUAAUGUGAGUUAAUACUGUACUAAUACGAGGUAAUACUUUAUUUAUACUAAUACUGUCUUAGGAGACAUGGUGAUAGUUUAACCGCCAACUGUCACCUUGUCUUAGAUAGUUUUGGGUAAUUUGAAGUCACAAAUGUUGCAGUAUAUUGUACUUACUGUAAACCUGAUAUUAUUGUUAUGAAGAAAAGGCACAAGUAUAUUUAUUUAUUUAUUUGUUUGGCAAUGGCUCAUAAAUAUCACACACAUUAAUGUAUUGCUUUUAUGCCACUUGACAGAAACUUCAAAUCCUCUGUCCUCUCUGACCUCUGUGUUAUACUCACCCAGGUUCCACCUGUUCCUUUACUGAAGCCAAUUAUAAGCCUUCAUUCCUCCCUGAUGACGAGCUCAAACACCUCAUUCUCAAGGCUGCAGAUGGGUUCCUGUUCGUAGUGGGCUGUGAUCGCGGAAAAAUAGUAUUUGUCUCAGAGUCCGUCGCCAAGACACUGAAUUACAGCCAGGUGAGAAAUCUCAUCAUUAUACGCUUUACUAACAUUUUCAAACUAUUCACAUAAAGAUUCUGUUACAGAAUAAUACGUCUGACGUUCUUUGUUGGCAAUCAUUUUUUUAGGGUGCAUUGGAACAACGUUAGGUUAUGAUUUACUUGGAAUACAUAUCCAUAAUGCAUUUAUUAAAUCUAUAAGCGUUUGAUUAACUUGUUAUAAAUGGUCCCAACCGCAUUAUGUGAGGGAAAAUCACCAAGGGGCUAUGCAUUCUAAGGAAAAGAAUGAACGACGUGGAAGAUGUGUUCUGAUGGAACUGACCUUCCAUGAAGUUGCAUUAUUUUCCUGAGAACGCAUAGAGCCCCAAGUUGAUUAUCACUUCUAUACCAUGGCUAUAAUAUUAACACAUUUGCCGCUACAAAUGUGUUCAUUUGUCGGUAGAAAUGUGUUUAAUAUCCACUGAAGUAGCUAGCAAGUUUACUAGAUAGCUACAGUCGUUGCCAUGGUAACCAACCAGGCUUGCUAGUUUAGCUAACCAAACCAUCAGUCGUAGCUUGCCAUUAUGAAAAUCUAAUUCAUCAAUGCCAUUAAUUUUUUCAAUUAGACUUUUCCUUUCAAAAGCAGCUCAAACAUAGAACAUGUAAAAAUGAACUAUAGCCAUUGAAUUCUACCGUGCAAAUAUACCAUGCGUUAUAGGAAAUAAUGCACGCUCUAGGAUGCACUUCAAGCCAACCAGAAACAAGUAUUCAACAAUGUCAUGCUAUGCAAUAGCUCAUAUUUAUGUAACUUCAUAGAUGCAUCAUUACAAUGACGCUGCUGCUACUCUCUGUUUAUUAUCUAUGCAUAGUCACUUUAAGAACUUUACCUACAGUUGAAGUUGGAAGUUUACAUACACCUUAGCCAAAUACAUUUAAACUCAGAUUUUCACAAUUCCUGAUAUUUAAUCCUAGUAAAAAUUCCCCGUCUUAUGUCAGUUAGGAUCACCGCUUUAUUUUAAGAAUGUGAAAUGUCAGAAUAAUAGUAGAGAGAAUGAUUUAUUUCAGCUUUUAUUUCUUUCAUCACAUUGCCAGUGGGUCAGAAGUUUACAUACACUCAAUUAGUAUUUGGUAGCAUUGCCUUUUAAAUGGUUUAACUUGGGUCAAACGUUUCGGGUAGCCUUCCAUUUUGGCCCAUUCCUCCUGACAGAGCUGGUGUAACUGAGUCAGGUUUGUAGGCCUCCUUGCUCUCACAUGCUUUUUCAGUUCUGCCCACAAAUCUUCUAUAGGAUUGAGGUCAGGGCUUUGUGAUGGCCACUCCAAUACCUUGACUUUGUUGUCCUUAAGCCAUUUUGCCACAACUUUGGAAGUAUGCUUGGGUUCAUUAUCCAGAGCGACUUACAGGAGCAAUUAGGGUUAAGUGCCUUGCUCAAGGGCACAUCGACAGACUUUACACCUAGUCAGCUCGGGGAUUAGAACCAGCGACCUUUCGGUUACUGGCACAACGCUCUUAACCACUAAGCUACCUGCCGCUACCUGCGACCAAGCUUUAACUUCCUGACUGAUGUCUUGAGAUGUUGCUUCAAUAUAUCCACAUAAUCUUCCUUCCUCAUAAUGCCAUCUAUUUUGUGAAGUACACCAGUCCCUCCUGCAGCAAGGCACCCCCACAACAUGAUGCUGCCACCCCCAUGCUUCACGGUUGGGAUGGUGUUCUUCAGCUUGCAAGCCACCCGCUUUUUCCUCCAAACAUAACGAUGGUCAUUAUGGCCAAACAGUUCUAUUUUUGUUUCAUCAGACCAGAGGACAUUUCUCCAAAAAGUACGAUAUUUUUCCCCAUGUGCAGUUGCAAACCGUAGUCUGGCUUUUUUAUGGCGGUUUUGGAGCAGUGGCUUCUUCCUUGCUGAGCGGCCUUUCAGGUUAUGUCGAUAUAGGACUCGUUUUACUGUGGAUAUAGAUACUUUUGUACCUGUUUCCUCCAGCAUCUUCACAAGGUCCUUUGCUGUUGUUCUGGGAUUGAUUUUCACUUUUCGCACAAAAGUACGUUCAUCUCUAGGAGACAGAACGCGUCUCCUUCCUGAGCGGUAUGACAGCUGCGUGGUCCCAUGGUGUUUAUACUUGCGUACUAUUGUUUGUACAGAUGAACGUGGUACCUUAAGGCGUUUGGAAAUUGCUCCCAAGGAUGAACCAGACUUGUGUAGGUCUACAAUUUCUUUUCUGAGGUCUUGGCUGAUUUCUUUUGAUUUUCCCAUGAUGUCAAGCAAAGAGGCACUGAGUUUGAAGGUAGGCCUUGAAAUACAUCCACAGUUACACCUCCAAUUGACUCAAAUGAUGUCAAUUAGCCUAUCAGAAGCUUCUAAAGCCAUGACAUAAUUUUCUGGAAUUUUCCAAGCUGUUUAAAGGCACAGUCAACUUAGUGUAUGUAAACUUCUGACCCACUGGAAUUGUGAUACAGUGAAUUAUAAGUGAAAUAAUCUGUCUGUAAACAAUUAUUGGAAAAAUUACUUGUGUCAUGCACAAAGUAGAUGUCCUAACCGACUUGCCAAAACUAUAGUUUGUUAACAAGAAAUUUGUGGAGUGGUUGAAAAACUAGUUUUAAUGACUCCAACCUAAGUGUAUGUAAACUUCCGACUUCAACUGUACAUGUACAUAUUACCUCGACUAACCGGUUCCCCCGUACAUUGACUCAGUACCGGUACCCCCUGUAUAUAGUCUCGCUAUUGUUAUUUUUACUGCUUUACUCUUUAAUUAUUUCUUACUUUUAUUUUUAUUUUUUUUAGGUAUUCUUUCUUAAAACUGCAUUGUUGGUUAAGGGCUUGUAAGUAAGCAUUUCACUGUAAGGUCUACACAUGUUGUAUUCGGCGCAUGUGACAAAUAACAUUUGAUAUUGUCAUCAUUAUGGCUGUUCUCAAAAGUGUGCUUCUGUCAUACCAGUGUUGGUGAAUAUGCCAAAAGGUCAAACCUCGUUUUGAAAAUUAUACUGAUAUAUAGCCUGUACUAGCCCCAUUUCCCCCACCAGCCGGUAUAGGCCUGUGACUUACCAGAUUGGCAAACUGCACAGUUAAUAACCAUGAAGUGCUGAACUAUAAAUGCUUUUUUUCUUUUUGGUGGGGGGUGGGGUAGGGGGAGGGUAGAAGGAUAACUUUUAUCCUAUCCCAGGUAUUCCUUAAAGAGGUGGGGUUUCAAGUGUCUCCGGAAGGUGGUGAGUGACUCCGCUGUCCUGGCGUCAUGAGGGAGAUUGUUCCACCAUUGGGGUGCCAGAGCAGCGAACAGUUUUGACUGGGCUGAGCGGGAACUGUGCUUCCGCAGAGGUAGGGGGGCCAGCAGGCCAGAGGUGGAUGAACGCAAUGCCCUCGUUUGGGUGUAGGGACUGAUCAGAGCCUGAAGGUACAAGGUGCCGUUCCCCUCACAGCUCCGUAGGCAAGCACCAUGGUCUUGUAGCAGAUGCGAGCUUCAACUGGAAGCCAGUGGAGUGUGCGGAGGAGCGGGGUGACGUGAGAGAACUUGGGAAGGUUGAACACCAGACGGGCUGCAGCGUUCUGGAUGAGUUGUAGGGGUUUAAUGGCACAGGCAGGGAUCCCAGCCAACAGCGAGUUGCAGUAAUCCAGACGGGAGAUGACAAGUGCCUGGAUUAGGACCUGUGCCGCUUCCUGUGUAAGGCAGGGUCGUACUCUGCGAAUGUGGUAGAGCAUGAACCUACAGGAUCGGGUCACCGCUUUGAUGUUAGCGGAGAACGACAGGGUGUUGUCCAGGGUCACGCCAAGGUUCUUUGCACUCUGGGAGGAGGACACAACGGAGUUGUCAACUGUGAUGGCGAGAUCAUGGAGCGGGCAGUCCUUCCCCGGGAGGAAGAGCAGCUCCGUCUUGCCGAGGUUCAGCUUGAGGUGGUGAUCCGUCUGCCAGACACGCAGAGAUGCGAUUCGCCACCUGGUUAUCAGAAGGGGGGAAGGAGAAGAGUAAUUGUGUGUCGUCUGCGUAGCAAUGAUAGGAGAGACCAUGUGAGGAUAUGACAGAGCCAAGUGACUUGGUGUAUAGAGAGAAUAGGAGAGGGCCUAGAACUGAUCCCUGGGGGACACCAGUGGUGAGAGCACGUGGUGCGGAGACAGAUUCUCGCCACGCCACCUGGUAGGAGCGACCUGUGAGGUAGGACACAAUCCAAGAGUGAGCCGCGCCGGAGAUGCCCAACUCGGAGAGGGUGGAGAGGAGGAUCUGAUGGUUCACAGUAUCAAAGGCAGCAGAUAGGUCUAGAAGGAUGAGAGCAGAGGAGAGAGAGUUAGCUUUAGCAGUGCGGAGAGCCUCCGUGACACAGAGAAGAGCAGUCUCAGUUGAAUGACCAGUCUUGAAACCUGACUGGUUUGGAUCAAGAAGAUCAUUCUGAGAGAGAUGGCAAGAGAGUUGGCUAAAGACGGCAGGCUCAAGAGUUUUGGAGAGAAAAGAAAGAAGGGAUACUGGUCUGUAGUUGUUGACAUCGGAGGGAUCGAGUUUAGUUUUUUUGAGAAGGGGUGCAACUCUCGCUCUCUUGAAGACGGAAGGGACAUAGCCAGUGAUCAAGGAUGAGUUGAUGAGCGAGGUGAGGUAAGGGAGAAGGUCUCCGGAAAUGGUCUGGAGAAGAGAGGAGGGGAUAGGGUCAAGCGGGCAGGUUGUUGGGCGGCCGGCCGUCACAAGUCGCAAGACUUCAACUACACUUUUUAAUCCGUAAAAUGUACCCUGAGGAUUCAACCCUGUGGGGAUAUUCAUGCCCCUUUUGGCCUCAGUGAGAGGAAGAAGGUAAGCCACUGGCCAGUGGGGGAAAUGAAGCUAGUACAGGCUAUAUAUCAGCAUAAUUUUCAGCAUAAAAUGGUUUGGCCGUUUGGCAUAUUCACUAACACUGGUAAUGCAGUUAGGACCUGUUAUAACACGUUCAUGAAAUGCUUAAAGAUGUGGUAUGAAUGCGUUAUGGAUAUGUAGUCAAAGUAAAUUGUUACUUAUUAUCAGCAAGUGGAGUUGAUUGGUUGAUUUUGAAGUUUGUUUUUGUUUACAGACAGAACUGAUUGGACAGAGUCUCUUUGACUACAUUCACCCAAAGGACAUGGGGAAAGUAAAGGAGCAGCUCUCAGCUUCUGAGUUAUACCCCCGCGAGAGACUAAUAGAUGCCAAAAGUAAGUGUGUGUGUGUGACUCUUGGCUGUGUGCGGGGGACAUGGUGUGCAAAGUAAGGUGUGUGUAUUUUCCAUAAGGAAAAUGUUGACCACAGGAAUGCUGAAAUGACACAGUGGUAGGUGGCUGGGUGGUUUCCAUAAAAAGUAGAGCAGUGUUACGCCCUAACACAUAGGGUUCCUCCUCCCAGGAAGUGAGUCAGCAGCCGGUGAAGGAAAGCUCUCAGGAGUGUGUGACUCAGGAGUGGAGUUUACCUUGGCCCCUGCCAUCUCAGGAGUGUGUGACUCAGGAGUGGAGUUUACCUUGGCCCGUGCCAUGGAGAACACUGCACUGUGUCAGUGGGUCAGUGGGAUGAUUGUCUGAGAAGUGGGCAGGACCUUAUGGACUCAAAUUUUAAAGCAGUGUUGUACUCUUGCCGGACAGUUGUAGUGGAAAACAUCAAUUUCUGAGAAUGUAGUUUUGACAUAGAAAAGACCUGUAUUGUUUCUUGCAGUGAUGAAUAUUCUCAGCUGAUCUAUCGUGUGUGUGUGUCGCUCUGGAUAAGAGCAUCUGCUAAAUGACAAAAAUCUACAAAUGUAAAUGUGAGAGGAAUUGAGUUGGCAUUGUAUGUGUGUGUAUGUUACUCAGUCUCCACUGUGUGUAUGCCUCUGUCUAAUCGGCCUUUCCUCUCCCCAGCGGGCCUGCAGGUCCAGGCUGACCUCCCGGUCGGAGCAGCUCGGCUGUGUCCAGGUGCGCGACGCUCCUUCUUCUGCCGCAUGAAGUACCACAAGAUAUCAGUCAAACAGGAGGACAAGGAAUUCCAGCCCAGUACCUCCAAAAAGAAAGGUAGUGGAAAAGUCUGUCCACAUUAUAAAGUAUGGUAUGGUCUUCAUAGAUUUGAUGGAUAUGAACCUGUCUGUACAACAUUGAGAGAAUAGUCUCCCCUCUGUGGAUUGGUGUGAAGGAAAAUAGUUUCCCAUCUGUUCCUUAAAAGUUAUUGUGUGUGCAAGGCAGAAUGGACUUUUUUUUCUUAAUUUUUUUAAUUAAAUGUAUUCUCUGGAUUGGAAUAGUUGCUAAACAAUGAAUGUAAAUGUGUACAUUAAAAGAUGUAACUGUAAUGGAAAAAGUUUAAUUGUCUACCUGCCGCGCUGUCUCCCACUGUAGAGUCUGAGAAGUACUGCACUGUCCACUGCACGGGCUACAUACGCAGCUGGCCCACCAGUCAGCUUGGGGAGGAAGGGGGCGAGGGGGAGGCUGACAAGGACAGCUCCCACUUCAGCUGCCUGGUGGCCGUGGGCCGCGUCCACCCCCACGUUGCCUCUCUGGUCAGCGGGGUCAACGACGUCCUGGUCAAAGCAACGGAGUUCGUCACACGCUAUGCCAUGGACGGCAAGUUCACCUUCGUCGACCAACGGUGAUUGUUUUCCUCUCUUUUUUGAUUUAAUGUUUAGGUUCAUGUUACACUCAAUGGGAAGGAAUUCAAAGUUCUUCCUCUUGGUCUCCAAGCACUGGAUGGUAAAUACAGAAUAAUGAAAACUGGAUAAUGUAAUUAUCCCGCGAGACCCAUGACAGUGUGUAUGUGGUGUCUCUCAAGAGUCUGGGUCACUGAAUCGUAUGACACAUAUCACUCAGACUUGAGUUGCCUUUAAUUGAACAACAGCACAAAUUUGUUCUUAUCAUCAAUAACAGAGGCCAGACUGACCUCUUCAUAACCACAUUGGCUCCUCUGAAGAAGUAAUGACUUGAAAUCACGUGAUAACUAACAAUGUGUUCUACACCUACUCCUUACAGAGCCACCACUGUCCUAGGAUACUUACCCCAGGAGCUGCUUGGGACGUCAUGCUACGAAUACUUCCAUCAAGAUGACUUGCCACAUUUAGCAGAACGUCAUCGAAAAGGUAGGAUUUCGUUGGUUCAGCCAGUGGUUGAUUACCGAACUUGUUUAUGCUGUCGCUCGCCCCAAGCCUUUCCUAUGACCAACCCGAGAGACGAUAAACAUUCAUAGUCUUCCCUAGAAUUCCUAGAAUUUGGAAACAAAUCGUAACCCAGGAGCCAGAGACUAGCCACAACCCACCAGUAGGCCCCAAACCACUACAUGGGAGAAAAGGUCCUAGUUUUGAGCCAUGUUGCUAUUUUAUGCCAUGGCACCUGUCUGCAUUACCCAACUUCAAUGUUUUUUCCUAGUUUCAGAAUUCCCCCAAGUUUUCCCAUGGUUACCCUCCGGUAUUCCAACGAAAUGGUCAUAAAAAAUUAAAAAGAAAAACAUUCCUAUUUGCUUGCCAUAAGCAUCUUUUAGGCUAUUAUUACCCUUGUUCUAACCAUUACCUAGAUGUUAAAUAUAUGUUCUUUAUUCUAUCUCCUCUAACUUUCACACCUUUUCCUUUCAGUGCUGCGGAGUAAAGAGAAAAUAGAGACAAAUUGCUACAAAUUCAGAACGAAACAUGGCUCUUUUGUCACACUACAAAGUCAGAUGUUUAGUUUUAUAAAUCCCUGGACCAAAGAAGUAGAAUACAUAGUGUCAACCAAUACUGUCAUAUCGUAAGUACAAGCCUUAUCCUUACUCCUCCUUAGGAUCGUCACUGAUCUUUCUGUACUGUUGUAGGUUUGUGACACUGUAAUUCAACCUUUUUUCUCAAACCUUUUUCCCAAAACGGUUCUUUCAUGUGUCCACAUUCUCUCAUGUCUCCAGCAGUGACCACAGUCGAACAGACAGAUCUGGGGACAAAGCAGAACAGUUGAGUAAUUCCAAGGCUUCUGAAGGUCAGUUGAGGUGUCGACUUGAAAACGCUGACGAUUUGGUGUUAUAUAAGCAUUGAGGUCUAUAGCUAAAUUGACCUAACCUGUUGCUAAUGAAUGUUUUCCUUCUAGACGAUGGCAAUAAGUCUCUCCCCAUCAUCCUGGGGAUCUCCAGUACUUCCAGUACCAUGGUCUACGCGGGGAGUAUCGGGACCCAGAUCGCUAAUGAGCUGCUGGACUACAACAGGUGGGGCGAUGGCAUGUGGUAGCCUAUCAGUGUAGACAGACAUGUGGCAGAGAAAUGGGAGGGCAGAGAUGUGUGUGUGUGUAAAUAAUCAUUAUCCAUAAAUAUAUAUACAUACAGUACCAGUCAAAGGUUUGGACACACCUACUCAUUCAAGGGUUUUUCUUUAUUUUUACUAUUUUCUAUAUUCUACACAAAACUAUGAAAUAACACAUAUGGAAACCAAAAAAGUGUUAAACAAAUCAAAAUAUAUUGUAUAUUUUAGAUUAUUUAAAGUAGCCACCCUUUGCCUUGAGGACAGCUUUGCACACUCUUGGCAUUCUCUCAACCAGCUUCACCUGGAAUGCUUUUCUAACAGUCUUGAAGGAGUUCCCACAUAUGCUGAGCACUUGUUGGCUGCUUUUCCUUCACUCUGUGGUCAAACUCAUCCCAAUCCAUCUCAAUUGGGUUGAGGUCGGACGAUUGUGGAGGCCAGGUCAUCUGAUGCAGCACUCCAUCACUCUCCUUCUUGGUCAAAUAGCCCUUACACAGCCUGGAGGUGUGUUGGGUGAUUGUCCUGUUGAAAAACAAAUGAUAGUCCCACUAAGCACAAACCAGAUGGGAUGGCGUAUCCUGCAUAAUGCUGUGGUAGCCAUGCUGGUUAAGUGUGCCUUGAAACAUCACAGACAGGGUCACCAGCAAAGCACCUCCACACCAUCACACCUCCUCCUCCAUGCUUCACGGUGGGAACCACACAUGCGGAGAUCAUCCGUUCACCUACUCUGCGUCUCACAAAGACACGGAGGUUGGAACCAAAAAUCUCACAUUUGGACAUAUUUCCACCGGUCUAAUGUCCAUUGCUCUUGUUUCUUGGCCCAAGCAAGUCUCUUCUUCUUAUUGGUGUCCUUUAGUAGUAGUUUCUUUGCAGCAAUUCGACCAUGAAGGCCUGAUUCACACAGUCCCCUCUGAACAGUUGAUGUUGAGAUAUGUCUGUGACUUGAACUCUGUGAAGCAUUUAUUUGGGCUGCAAUCUGAGGUGCAGUUAACUCUAAUGAACUUAUCCUCUGCAGCAGAGGUAACUCUGGGUCUUCCUUUCCUGUGGCGGUCCUCAUGAGAGCCAGUUUCAUCAUAGCGCUUAAUGGUUUUUGCGAUUGCACUUGAAGAAACGUUCAAAGUUCUUUAUAUUUUCCGUAUUGACUGACCUUCACGUCUUAAAGUAAUGAUGAACUGUCGUUUCUCUUUGCUUAUGUGAGCUGGGCUAUCUUCUGUAUACCACCCCUACCUUGUCACAACACAACUGAUUUGGCUCAAAUGCAUGAAGAAGGAAAGAAAUUCCACAAAUUAACUUUUAACAAGGCACACCUGUUAAUUGAAAUGCGUUCCAGGUGACUACCUCAUGAAGCUUGUUGAGAGAAUGCCAAGAGUGUGCAAAGCUGUCAAGGCAAAGGGUGGCUACUUUGAAGAAUCUCAAAUAUAAAAUAUAUUUUGAUUUGUUUAACACUUUUUUGGGUACUACAUGAUUCCAUGUGUUAUUUCAUAGUUUCUACAAUGUAGAAAAUAGUAAAAAAUAAAGAAACCCUUGAAUGAGUAGGUGUGUUCAAACUUUUGACUGGUACUGUGUAUAUACACUGCUCAAAAAAAUAAAGGGAACACUUAAACAACACAAUGUAACUCCAAGUCAAUCACACUUCUGUGAAAUCAAACUGUCCACUUAGGAAGCAACACUGAUUGACAAUACAUUUCACAUGCUGUUGUGCAAAUGGAAUAGACAACAGGUGGAAAUUAUAGGCAAUUAGCAAGACACCCCCAAUAAAGGACUGCUUUUGCAGGUGGUGACCACAGACCACUUCUCAGUUCCUAUGCUUCCUGGCUGAUGUUUUGGUCACUUUUGAAUACUGGCAGUGCUUUCACUCUAGUGGUAGCAUGAGACGGAGUCUACAACCCACACAAGUGGCUCAGGUAGUUGCAGCUCAUCCAGGAUGGCACAUCAAUGCGAGCUGUGGCAAGAAGGAUUGCUGUGUCUGUCAGCGUAGUGUCCAGAGCAUGGAGGCGCUACCAGGAGACAGGCCAGUACAUCAGGAGACGUGGAGGAGGCCGUAGGAGGGCAACAACCCAGCAGCAGGACUGCUACCUCCGCCUUUGUGCAAGGAGGAGCACUGCCAGAGCCCUGCAAAAUGACCUCCAGCAGGCCACAAAUGUGCAUGUGUCUGCUCAAACGGUCAGAAACAGACUCCAUGAGGGUGGUAUGAGGGCCCGACGUCCACAGAUGGGGGUUGUGCUUACAGCCCAACACCGUGCAGGAUGUUUGGCAUUUGCCAGAGAACACCAAGAUUGGCAAAUUCGCCACUGGCGCCCUGUGCUCUUCACAGAUGAAAGCAGGUUCACACUGAGCACAUGACAGACGUGACAGAGUCUGGAAACGCCGUGGAAAACGUUCUGCUGCCUGCAACAUCCUCCAGCAUGACCGGUUUGGCGGUGGGUCAGUCAUGGUGUGGGGUGGCAUUUCUUUGGGGGGCCGCACAGCCCUCCAUGUGCUCGCCAGAGGUAGCCUGACUGCCAUUAGGUACCGAGAUGAGAUCCUCAGACCCCUUGUGAGACCAUAUGAUGGUGCGGUUGGCCCUGGGUUCCUCCUAAUGCAAGACAAUGCUACACCUCAUGUGGCUGGAGUGUGUCAGCAGUUCCUGCAAGAGGAAGGCAUUGAUGCUAUGGACUGGCCCGCCUGUUCCCCAGACCUGAAUCCAAUUGAGCACAUCUGGGACAUCAUGUCUCGCUCCAUCCACCAACGCCACGUUGCACCACAGACUGUCCAGGAGUUGGCGGAUGCUGUAGUCCAGGUCUGGGAGGAGAUCCCUCAGGAGACAAUCUGCCACCUCAUCAGGAGCAUGCCCAGGCGUUGUAGGGAGGUCAUACAGGCACGUGGAGGCCACACACACUACUGAGCCUCAUUUUGACUUGUUUUAAGGACAUUACAUCAUAGUUGGAUCAGCCUGUAGUGUGGUUUUCCACUUUAAUUUUGAGGGUGACUCCAAAUCCAGACCUCCAUGGGUUGAUAAAUUUGAUUUCCAUUGAUACAUUUUGUGUGAUUUUGUUGUCAGCACAUUCAACUGUGUAAAGAAAAAAGUAUUUCAUGAGAUUAUUUCAUUCAUUCAGAUCUAGGAUGUGUUAUUUUAGUGUUCCCUUUAUUUCUUUGAGCAGUGUAUAUUAUUCUUUAUGGAUAAUGAUGUCAUUGGAUGCCCAUCAACUUGUGGAUGAAGAAUAGCAGCCUGUGAAGUUAUAGCUAUAGAACUGGGUCAGUGGGGGGCAACGUUCCAAUAGAAAUAUUUGAUGUACAACUGGUAUGUCAUUUGGGGAAUCGUGUCAGCUCUACAAGACAUUUCUAUCUGCAACCUUCAGUGCAUGGCACCCUCUUGACAAGAUCCGGGUGUUGUGAUUCCUGGUGAAACUUUUGAAACUGCAAUAAGCUGUCAAAAACACUCCAGAGAAGUUGCAGGUAUAAAAGGCGCACAAGUUUGGACCCUCGAGUGCCUAGAGAUCAAAAUAUGUUGUUCUUUAAUUUAUAUAAUUAUGAAUUAGCUAUGCUUGAAUGUGAACAAGGAUGUAGUUGGUACAGGUCACUGGAUAUAUUCUGUUUGGCAUUGUUGUCUCUGUACCAAAGCAGUAAACAAGUACAGAAAUGCCUGAGGUGUGUGUGAUUGUUGUCAUCAGUUUGAUCUGUCUGUUUUAGGAUGAACUCAUCCCCAUCCAGCGGUAAUGUCAGCCCCUUCACUGUGCUGAAGGACAAGUCUCCUCUGCAACUCACACUGUCCAGCAGCAACGUAAGUCUCCAGUGUGUGUGCGCAGUGUGUCAGCGUGAGCAUGAGCGUGUGUGUGUUAAUGUAUGUAUUGCUUUAGUAACUUUUUCCCCAUGUCUCAUUGAGGUGCCAAAUGGAGAGGUGGCAGACCUGGAGAUGCCAGGGAAGUCCAGUUCAGAGGAAGGAGAACAACAAGAACACAGAAGACCACAAUUCCCUGCAGGAGAAUCACUCAUGGGUACAACACCACAUCUAGCCCAUUAUAACCUUGACUAGUUUAGAAUUUGUCCUUGUCCUUUGUGAUACUGAUAUGAGAGUGUUUGGUGAUGGUAAUAUUCUUGCUCUCUCUCUUUCUUCCCCUCUGUCUCUCACGCUUUCUCUGUCCCCUCUCUUUCGCUCUCUCUUUGCUUCACUGUCUCUACUCCCCCAGGGGAAACUUCCCAGCUGGAUAUGGAGAAUAUGAUGGACCCCGGCCUGGGAGGCCUUAGUAAUGAUGAGGCAGCCAUGGCAGUGAUAAUGAGCCUGCUGGAGACGGACGCCAACCUGGGCGAGGCUGUGGUCAUGGACGAGAUGAACUGGUCCCUCUGAACUGGUCCCUCUUUGGCGCAGCUCUACUGAAACUCGCCACAUCUCACACACUGCACUGAUCCCCCCCCCGGCUCUCUGAAACACACUGCAGUUCUCUAUAACUCGACCCGAACACAGCGUUUCCCUCAGUACAGUUUUCUCUAUCACCAGGUAUCAGCUCUCUUUUUAAAACAGAUUUGUAUUUAUUUAUUAGUUGUUGUUUAAUUUUUUCCACAUAAGCUGUGUAAUCUUCAGGUGGCUGCUUUAAAAAAAGACAAUGGGAUCGAUUGGCGAUAAGGGACACCAGCUCGCCACCACUUUCAUUAGGUGGAAGAGAAGAGUCUGAAGCUGUGCCUAAAAAGCCUUUAAGGCGGCCAUUUUGACUGUUUUGACUUAUCUGCUUUCCUCAGACCUACAGGUCACGUUCCCCUGCUCAGACGUUGCAUGCAUCUACCAAUGAUUGCUUGCCA